AAUUCAAUAAAUGAGAGAACAUUGUGCAAAUAUUUUUUGCGAAACGUUUAUAAAAGUAAUAUAGUAUUUUGUAAUAUAAAAUCGCUAAUUAAUAUCGAGUAGGGUGUGGAAUUCCUUGAAUGUGUUCAAAGUGCGUAGUUCAUCGUUUGCUUCCAAACUUCCUCUUACGAAAAUUACAUUCCUAUAUAAACUACAGUAUCGUGUUACUGAAUGAGUGAAGGUUGUAAUAUUCUUCGUUAGUGGUGAUAAAACUGUUGCGAAAUACUGUGUAAAUAUAAAUUUUUAAUUCGUUAAAUAAUCGACGAGUAAUAGAAAUCGAUAUGUUGAUUAAUGUGAAACGCAUCUAAUGUAUGUAUCUUCCCUUUUUUCGGUUUUAAUUGGAGCAUGCACCAGCCUUUAUGGACUAUUGUUGCAGCGUUUGUGUAUAUAAAUGCUGAAAAAUGCCACCAAAGCAGAGGAAAAUAGCCAUUAUGGGUUAUAGAUCCGUAGGCAAGUCAUCAUUGAGCAUACAGUUCGUCGAGGGACAGUUUGUGGAUUCAUAUGACCCUACUAUAGAAAAUACAUUUACAAAAAGUACCAGAGUAAAUAGUCAAGAUUAUGAAGUUAAGUUGGUAGAUACAGCAGGUCAGGAUGAAUAUAGUAUAUUUCCUGCACAGUAUUCUAUGGACAUCCAUGGUUAUGUCUUGGUAUAUAGCAUAACCAGUGCAAAGAGUUUUGAAGUUGUACAAAUUAUUUAUGACAAGUUAUUGGAUAUAACAGGAAAAGUCCAUGUUCCAAUUGUAUUAGUAGGAAAUAAAACAGAUUUGUACGUAGAUCGAAUGAUAACAACAGAACAGGGCAAACGAUUAGCAGACUCUUGGCAUGCAGCCUUCCUAGAAACCAGUGCAAAACAAAAUGAGUCUGUUGCAGAUAUUUUUCAUACGUUAUUGAUUGAAAUUGAAAAAGCAGAUGGAAAUGUACAAGAAAAGUCAAAUUGCAUUAUUUCUUGAGCUAUAUUAGCUGGAAAUUUCAUAAUGCAAUAUAAGUGUUUAAAAUCAAAUAAUAAAAUUGGCAUUAUAUUAAUAUACGUUUCCAGGAACAAAUUAAGUGUAACAUUAAAAAUGUAAAAUGGUGGAUAUGAAACAAUUGUUUCCCUUUGCUGAUAAGUAAAAAAAAACAUACAUAUUAUCUACUUGAGAAUAUACAUAAUAAUGAGUAUUUUUAUUAUUUACUUUUGUAAUCAUUAUGUACAAAAAGAGAAAAAGUAAUUAGUUUAAAUGCGUUUACUUUCAUUAUACAAAAGUAUGUGUGUAAUAAAAUAUUUUAAGAAUUAUUUUGUAGUAAUGAUCAAACUACUGACUUGCAUUCAUUUUACAGAGUCUGUGUUGAAUACUUAUGUCUUAAAAUGUGCUAAAAUAAAACUUUAACCAAAUGUA